AUGGGUGAAGGUCCCCCAUUCAACGCUCCGAUUGUUGAACAUUCACAUCAAUCUACAUCGCAUGUCUUGGUCGACACUUGGAACGUCGACUCGGCAGUGCUCUCAAACGCUCAGAUUGGUUCCACAGUAUCCACUGAUACUUAUCCUGCCUUGAAUGAUGACCUCUCUUGGACCACCCGUCCGCCAUGGGACAUGAACUUCCAUUUCAAUUCAAAUGGAAUGAUGGGCAGUCUUGGUGGUAUAUGGAACAAUAGGACUGAUACCUUCCCGUUCUUACAAACGCUGGAGCCAUUCUUGUCACCACUCAAUUGUCUCGAAAUAGAGCCUGAUAUUGUCGAAAAUGCUCCGGAGUUGCCUUCUGCUGUCAUGGAGGAAUCAUCCUCUCGAAUCUUUCCAAGGCAUCGUACCUCAAGGGCGGAGCCUUGCCUAGAGUUUCCCUCAUGCCAAUCAACACAUUUGCAACAAGCUGAAGCUGAGGUAUUUGGGCAUGUCUCAGAGAUAUCGGCGUCGUCAAUCGAGGCGCUACGGUUAUUCUACAUGACGCAGCGUCAGGAACUUCCGUCACGAUUCAUCUCGACUCGCAUCCUGUGUACCUUUGUUGAUCUCUAUUUUGAGUACUUUGACGCUCAGUUCCCUCUCCUCCAUCCACAUCGUUUAGAGGCUAGUGGACUGCACUGGACUCUUCUGUUAGCAACGGCGACAAUCGGCAGCCAAUACUCUGAUAUCGAGAAUGCACAUGAAUAUCGCGCAUCUCUCUGUGACCUACUCAAGAGGUCGAUGCAGCUAAGUGACCUUGAGGACAUCAAAGAGAUGAACAUAUCUAUUGCUCAAAGCGUGUUUCUGUAUGAUGUCUUCUUGAUGUUCUCUGGAUCCAGGAAAGACAAGACAAUACUACAAUACCGAAAGAAUAUUCUUAUAACGAUAUGCCGAAAGCUGCGUCGGAACAGAGAUGCCCAGGUGGCCUCUGAACUCGAGGAACGAACCACGCACGAUGAAUGGCUGUCAUGGCUUUCAAUCGAGGAAGAAGUCCGCCUGUUAUCUUGUGUUUACGUGCUGGAAUGCUUGGGAUUUGUCUUUAUGGAAUUUCCAACUAUCCUGGCUCCAUCGGAUUUACUGCAAAGGCUACCAUGCCCCACUCGCCUAUGGCAGUGUAGAGACGCGCCCGCCUGGAAAGCUAUAAUCGGGACUCUAUCGCCUGUAACCUAUAGGCAAAGCCAGCCAAAGUCCAAGUCCGAGUGGCUUGAAUCCUUACGAGGGCCCGAUAUCUUUCGUCUGAAAGUGACUUUGUUGGGAUCAUAUGUCGACGAAAAAACACUACAGCAUCAGCUGCAGUCUUCACGAUUUUUGCAGUCAUCAUUCAGCUCAUACCUCAAUCCUCCUUCAGAACGCGAUUCUCGAGGUUCAUCUACUCGGGACUAUCGAGGGCUGCCAGACCCUUCUCACGUUGAGAGCCCGCUAUUGAGUUCACUGUUUGAGUCAUUAGAGUAUGAAACCUUUGAAGCUGCCGUUGUUAGCAAUGGCGAGGGUGCGGAAACUCUCAUUCACGUACUUGCAAUAUUAAGACAUGUCCCCCUCAAAAUACUGUACUCCGCUACAGGCUGGGAGACCAACACGGACCAAAUGGCGGCAUCGAGGACGAGCUUGAGGAAUUUCUUUCAACGUAAGAGGGAUACGGCGCGGAAGGUCAUGUGGCAUGCCACGUGCAUCUUUAGGACUACGCGAAAGACGCACCGCUUUGCCUGCUAUGACAUGCUGAGCCUUUGCGUUGCGACAUGCUAUAUCUGGUCAUAUGACCAAUUGCGUCCGGCACCAGUUUGUCAAUCUGAUGGUAUCUCACAGCCGAGAAAGAAACGGCCGAUAAUCCGGCUCGACCAAUUGCAUGAUAAGUCCAAGAUCAAGGAGUGGGUAGAGCACGGUGACAACAGCGACAUUCAUUUGACAGGUGUUGGCAUUUUGAACCAGUCUGACCACGGCGUACGAUUCCUCAAGGAUGUGGAAAGGACAUUCUUCUCUCAGAUCGCUUGGAAGGGCUUGUCUCGUGCUCUUGCUUGCUGCCUUGUCCAAUUGGGACAGAAUGGUGAACAAAUAUUGAUUCCAGAUCCAUGCGAGAUGGGGGAUUGA